AAAGAAGAAGAAAAUCUACUGGGUCUCGUGACAGGCUAGUUGUUGUCGUUUCCAUCAGCUGACGUUAUUUUUCUUGCAGAAAAUUAUCGUUCAAUGAGUUAGCUUUUGCUAAACUAACCCCAGCUUCUACAUAAGCGAUAUGUUGUCCCGUCUUCUGAAGGAGCACCAAGCGAAGCAAAAUGAGCGGAAGGAGCUACAGGAGAAACGCAGACGUGAAGCGAUCGCUGCUGCCACUUGUCUAACUGAAGCCCUGGUAGAUCAUCUGAACGUUGGGGUUGCUCAAGCAUACGUAAACCAACGCAAACUGGACCAUGAGGUUAAGACCCUCCAAGUGCAGGCCAGCCAGUUCUCUAAGCAAACUGCUCAGUGGAUCAGCAUGGUGGAGGGGUUCAAUCAGGCCUUAAAGGAAAUUGGAGAUGUUGAAAACUGGGCCCGCAGCAUCGAGAUGGACAUGAGAACAAUCGCCACAGCCCUGGAGUAUGUACACAAAGGCCACCUUCAGUCUACCUGCUCGUAAACAUCACACUGCGGUUCUACAGUACAAUUACUACUGAAAAA